AUGCUGGUGGUCCUACUCACAGCGGCCUUGUUGGCCCUGAGCUCAGUCCAGAGCUCAAAUGAAGAGAUCAUCUAUGAAGAUUCUUUUUCACAGGCCUUAGAGGAAGAGCAGCAAAGCCAAGGCCCUGGUCAACCUCAUCAGAGACCCCCACCUGGAGAAUUACCUCCACAACUUUCUGCAUCUGAUGAAGAUGAGGAUGAUGAUGACGGUGAAGAAGAUGGAGAUAUACCAGAGAGACCACCACAGCAAGGAGACAACCACCACAAACCUCAACCUCCAAGACCUGGAAAUCAGCACGGAGGCCCACAGCAGAAUCACCCUCCUAGACCUGGAAACCAGCAAGGCCCACCCCAGCAGGGAGGCCCUCAGCAGAAUCAACCCCCUAGACCUGGAAACCAGCAAGGCCCACCCCAACAGGGAGGCCCACAGCAGAAUCGCCCUCCUAGACCUGGAAACCAGCAAGGCCCACCCCAGCAGGGAGGCCCUCAGCAGAAUCGUCCUUCUAGACCUGGAAACCAGCAAGGCCCACCCCAGCAGGGAGGCCCUCAGCAGAAUCAACCCCCUAGACCUGGAAACCAGCAAGGCCCACCCCAACAGGGAGGCCCACAGCAGAAUCGCCCUCCUAGACCUGGAAACCAGCAAGGCCCACCCCAGCAGGGAGGCCCACAGCAGAAUCGCCCUCCUAGACCUGGAAACCAGCAAGGCCCACCCCAGCAGGGAGGCCCUCAGCAGAAUCGCCCUCCUAGACCUGGAAACCAGCAAGGCCCACCCCAGCAGGGAGGCCCUCAGCAGAAUCGCCCUCCUAGACCUGGAAAUCAGCAAGGCCCACCCCAGCUCGGAGGCCCACAGCAGAAUCGCCCUCCUAGACCUGGAAACCAGCAAGGCCCACCUCAGGAGGAAAGUGAAGAACAGCCAAGUUCCAUGUAG